GUACUCGAACACCGAGCGUUGAAACGUGAUCAGAGACGGUGAGGCUAUAAUCUAUUUCUUCAUUGUGUCACUUGUCUACCCAAGCCCUCGUUCACGUCUCGUUCAUUGCUUUAUAGCCCUACAUCUACUCUUCGUGUUGAACAUAGUGCCAGCAUCAGGAUCCAUCAGGAUCCAAGAAUAGGAUGCCAAAGCGCACUUCAGCAGACCCGGUGGGGGAGAGUCCUGAUGAACUGAUCCCAGACGUUGGCUUGUCGAUGGAUAAUUAUGAAGGAGGUGAUCUUUCCGAGCCCGACGAUGAAUUCUCCGAUGUCAUAGCCUCUCUAAACCCAGCUCAUUUGGAGGACCUCGCGCUCACCACACGUAGGCUGCAGUUCGACGUCCCAUCCGAUCUUUCGUGCACCGUUGUCUUGUCUCCCCGCAUUGGAUCGUAUAACAUCGUCUAUGAAACAUUAUUUUCAGAUGGUAUACGCUGGGCAAUUCGAGUGCCCGGUGAGGUUUUGACCUCUGCUGCCGCUCGCUCCAUGCAGCUAGAUAUCAUAACUCAAGAAUUCAUGUCAUUGAAAACAUCCCUCCCGAUUCCCAAAAUCUAUCGUUGGUCUCUUGAUUUCGAUAAUCCACUCUCCCGCCCUUUUGUUAUAACAGAUUUCAUGCCCGGAACUAAUUUAUCUAAAUUAUGGCACAACAAGGACUGGAUGACCCACGAGAAGCGUAUACACAUCUUUCAACAGCUCGCAAAUUGGAUGACGGAACUCUCUUUGUUGGAGUUCGAACAGAUAGGUCGACUAGAUUUCGACUCAAUUACUGAUACUCACCGUAUCAUACCCUUCCCGGACAUUUCUGCAUUACUUCUUUCCGGGCAGGAUCCUGCCGAUAGUGACGAAAGCAGUACCAUCAGAGCACACGCGGAUGUCAAUCCUAGUGCUGGGCCCUUUUCAUCCACGCAUGCGUAUCUCUCUCGCAAAUUGAUGCACAGACGCCAACAAUCCGACUCUCCGAUGCUCGGCGUGCUCCAACUCUUCCUUUCCGCUCUUCCAGAUCCCACACUAGACGGCCCACCAUUUGUUCUCUCUCACCCCGAUUUUGAAUACCAAAAUGUCAUGGUGGAUCACGAGGGAACGAUCACGGCGCUGAUAGACUGGGAUGGGGUAUUUGUCGGCCCUCGCCAAGGCGGCGCUGCAUCGUAUCCCUCGUGGUUAACGGUAGAUUGGGAUCCCCUCUUUUACGGAUGGCGGGCAGAUGCAUCAGAAGAAGAAAACGCAGAAUUUGACUCUCCAUCAGACCUUGAGAGGUAUAGAGAGAUGUACCUCGAAGCUAUAGAUCGAGCAUCGAGAGGCAAGCUAACACCUAUCACCCGCAACUCACACAUCUUCGAAUCAUUGGACAUUGGUAUUUCCAAAGCGAUCGCGUCUAGUAGUAUCAUGCAUCAUCUGUCCAAGUUUGUAUUUGGGAGCGCAUCGCUAGUCUUGAAUGUUAAGGAGGGUAUAAAGACUAGUUCGUGGUAUAACCUGGACAAGGGCGCAAUAGCUCAGAUUCGAGAGAGUUCGAAAUCAAAGUCAGAAAAUUCGAGUAGCGGUCCUGACUCUGGGAACGUAUCUGACUCUGACAUGCUCGACCAAGACAGCAUGAUGCGUUCUGUCGAUAACAGAAGCCAACACCCUCGCACCACAAGUUUCGAAAGGGAGGAGAAAUGUCUUGCUUUUUUGUGUCAUGACAGGCAUAUCUCCGUUGUUGCAUUUGGACACCAGAAGGUUACAGUACUGACAAGGCAUCGUUUAGUCUACAAGUAUAGGAGACGAAACACGACCUGGCCGGCUACGCGUGCCCCGAGGUCGAUACUGCAGAAGUUCCUUCCCAACGCCGAAGUCUGUUUCAUCUGAAGAGUCCACAAGAAGUUGCUCGAGAACUUCUUUGUCACUCUCAGCAUCACUCCAUACUUCGUAUGGAGGUUCGUCUUUUUGCGCCUUAGCUCUCUUACGUGUGUUCGUCUUCGUCGAUGAGGAGCUACUUUGCGAUUUGCGCUUUUGCGCCGACGGAUGUGCGAUCUGAGACGCCGAGAAACUGGCCUUAUCCGUCUCGGCUUCAACUUUUGUACGGGCAUUCAUCGCGGCCUUCCUUACAGAUGCCUUCUUUGCAGGAGCCUUCUUCGUUUUCUUCGCCGCUUGUAUUGCGAGAUGUAUAGGAUAUGUUUUAUGCAGGUACUUUUGCCAUGUGAUAUCGUAACCGACACAUUUU